AUGAAAGGAAAGUGGAUGGAAGAUCAUUCUACUGAUCAUUGGUCUGAUGGUCUUCCACCUGUCAUUUUCUCAAUUAAUACGCGGACAACAUGUACGACGAAGAAAACACCAUAUCAACUUGUCUUCGGUCAAGACAUAAGAGCCGGCCGACAUCAUUGGAAUUCAAUUCACGAGUCGGCGAAAAGAAACAAUAUUGUUAUAAAUGAUCUAUUAAUAGAUAAAUUUGGAGAAGGUUAUGAUGAGAAUUCGAAUGAAGACAUGCAAACAUUCACAAUAUCAGAGUCAAUCAGUGAGGAUUUAGAAUCCACUGGAUCCGAGAAACUGAAUGAAAUAAAGCAAAACACAGAUACGAAUUUAUUAUCUACGAAUCAAACAAUUACCACGAAAACCCGACACGAAUCACAGCGAGAAUCUGCCCGUGUCAACUAUAUCAAAUGUCAAACCAAACGACAGAAGAUUUAUGACCAAGAAAUGGAGAAAAUAGCUGAAUCAUAUCGGGUUGGAGAUUUAGUUGGUGUAUCUAUCAAUAAAGUCGAUCGUACCAAUUGUGAUCCAAAAGUCAUGCCCUGUAUUAUCGAAAAGAAAACGAACGAUAAGAAUAAUACCAAUUUUUAUUUGAUUACUCCAUACGGACGAUUGUCAAACCCUUUUCCAAUACAUCAUUUAAUACCUAUGUCUGGUGUGAAACCAAAAGAAUUAGAGAACAUAAUCUACGAUACGUUACCAACUAUCACUCUGAUUCAAGCAUCAAAAUUAUUCGCUAGAGGUCAAUCAACGGCAGUUUGUGAUUGUAAAACUGGUUGUGUAAAAAAGACUUGUCCCUGUCUUCGCGCUUCAGUUGCUUGUUCUACGAAAUGUCACGUUAAACGUCCGAAUUGUUCAAAUAAUCAAAAUUAA